ACAAAAAAAGUCGUUCACAUCGUUUGUAAACAUCAAUCAACGUUCUGGUUCAUCUCUUUCUGUUAGUUUUUUUUCCUAGUUUUUCGAUAAGUGUGUGCAUAAAUAGACAAAAAUGGCGCGAAAUGCAGAAAAGGCUAUGACAACACUGGCCCGUUGGCGUGCGUCCAAAGAAGCGGAAACGGGUGAAAAAGAGCGUCGACCGUAUUUAGCGUCCGAAUGCACGGAUGUGUCAAAAUGUGAAAAGUGGCGUCUGGAAAUCAUUCGUGAGAUAUCGAAAAAAGUAGCACAAAUACAGAACGCUGGUCUCGGCGAGUUUCGGAUACGUGAUUUAAACGAUGAGAUUAACAAAUUGUUGCGUGAAAAACGACAUUGGGAAAAUCAAAUAUCAGCGCUUGGUGGGCCACAUUAUCGACGAUAUGGACCGAAAAUGUUCGAUGCGGAAGGGAGAGAGGUGCCGGGAAAUCGUGGUUAUAAAUAUUUUGGUGCGGCAAAAGAUCUGCCUGGUGUACGUGAGUUGUUCGAACAAGAACCACCACCACCAGCACGAAAGACACGCGCCGAACUCAUGAAAGAUAUCGAUGCCCAUUACUACGGUUACUUUGAUGAUGAUGAUAAUGUUUUGAUUCCGCUGGAAGAAAAGGCCGAGAAAAUUGCACAACAACAGGCACUGCAAGAGUGGAAAGAGAAACAAAAGAAUCGCAACGGAAACGAUGAUCAAGAGGAAUUCGAAGAAGAUGGUGCCGAUUAUGGGUUAAAUUUGAUUGACACUAAUAAUGAACGCAACCAAAACAUUUCUGACGAUCCGAUGGGUAUGCUGGCACCACGAUUCACAGCCCAUGUACCGGUUCCAUCGCAAAAAGACAUUGAGGCAGCGUUACUAAAGAAGAAGAAACAAGAAUUGCUCGAAAAAUAUGGAAUCGGAGAAGAUUGAAUAAAUACACUUUUUUAAACUGCAAA